CAUCACAGUCAGAGAGCGGGCACGAAGUUCAACAGGCAGCAGAGGACACGGCCGCAGCUCGGGAGAAGUGAAAGUAAUUCAGAAGGUGGAGCAUUCAGGCAGGUUUAAAACUCCGGCGCAGCCAUGCUGUGUUUCCUGUUGCUAAAGUUGUCUCGAGUCGCACUGUGAGCGCUUUGGAUCUGGUGACAGCUUUGACACAGAAACAACAAGACACGAGACAGCAAUGGAGAACGGGAAGAACCGCCUGCGGCAGGCCCAGGAGGAUGCGGAGGAGGUGAAGGGCAUCAUGCUGGAAAACAUGAACAAGGCUGAGGAGAGAACUGGCAAACUGGGCGAACUGGAGGAUAGGGCUGAUGAGCUGCUGACAAAAACUAAAGCUUUUGAAAAGACCACCAACCAGGUGAAGCAAAAGAAAAGAUGGGAGAACAAGAAGAUGAAAUUGGUGUUUAUUGGCAUCGGAGUGAUAGUGGCACUCAUCAUUCUCGGACUUAUAAUCUUCGCCAUUGUUGAUAGCACACGAGCACAUUAGCUCCUCUGCUGGUGAAGAACAGGAAGUGGACAAAAUGAAAUGAGGAACGCAAACUAGUGGGACUUUUCGCAUCUCGCUUGAACUGCUCAAUCUGUGUUAUUUUUGUGUUUAAAGAUAUUUAUGUUUAACGGUCCCUCGUUUAGUCUUCAGUUGAUAUGGUACCAAUGAUAGCGUGGCUGCUUUGCUGCUUUUUUUAAGUCAUAUUUAAAAAGUAAUGUCUCUGUAAGGCCCACAAUGGGAGAACACACAGAUCUUAGAUCUUAGAUCUUAAAAUUAGAUCUAUUUAAGAAGUUCUCCUCCCCUCCCAUGAAUUACUAAUAUUUUUAACUAAACAUUAUCAGGCUGCUACUGUUGUAUUUGUAUGUUUGUACAUAGCUGUUCCCGUUUAAGAGCACAACUCGGAGGAACAGAAAACGGCCAUCAGUGAAGACAGAAUCCUUUUCACCAACAAUAAUUAGAGUCAACCGUGAGUGCAUGAAGACAGAGGAUGUUUUAUAACUUGUUGAAUAUAUGCAGUUUCCGAUAGCUUCAACUUGGAAAGAAUAAACUGGUGUAUCGUCCAUGAAAUUUGAUCAGUCAAAAAUGAAAGGCUGUCGGUAUCAUUAAAAUGUAUCAUUAAAAUGUUUUCUGAGCUGUUGUACAUGUUGGAUACAAACAAACAUGCUGAAAUGAUGAGUUAUUGAAGAUUAUUUCUGAGGGUCUCUCUACAUCAGUGUGACUUGUGUAAGAAAAUAGAUUGAUGACUUUACUCCAUAUUGUUUUGUUUUUGUCAAAUGACCAAUCUAGAAUAAAAUCUGACACCCUGUGCACAAA